AUGUCAUCAAAUCAGGAACUUGAUCAAAUAUGCUGUAUUUCAACUUGGCAUAAGGAAACAAACAACUUGGACUUGUAUAAUGAGGAUUUAAACGAAUCAAAAAUUGUAUUCCCUUGGAAUACUGGAACUAGGGUUCCUAUUAGUAGUGUAAACUGUUCAAGUCAAAUAUUUGAUUGUAAUGAAACAAUAAAUAGUGGGCCAAUUGGAAGACGAAAACUGAAAAUUUUCUUAGAGGCAAGUAUUCAAUCUAAUCAAAUGUACAACCUCAAUAUGUCAAGCAUUUCUCGAAUCCUUUCAGACUGGAGAAGGGAAAAUGAAAUUAAAGACAAUUUUGUCAUGGAGCUUGUGGAUUUUACUAAGUUAUGUGGAAUUAAAAAAAAUAAAACAUAUAAGGAUUUAUUUGAGCUACUCUCUAAAAUAUUUAUUUCCAAGUUAAAAAACAAAAAAAUUCUGGAUGAUUCAACAUAUACAAAAUUUGACAAUUUAGCCUUAAAGUGCGUUAAAAUGAUUAAUAUUCCCCAUUUGGUUGAAUCGGUAAUCACACUUUUAACCAAAUUUAAUCGAUUGUCCGAUAAAGUUAUCAAAGAAAUUACGACACCGGAUCUUUAUUUAUUUCCGAGAUUUCUUUCUUUUUAUAAAUUAGCUCCAAUUAAGUUGCGUCAGCAAAUGUGGCUAAGAAGGCCAAGAUGGUUUGUAUAUGAGAUUAUUCCUUUUAUUAUGCUUUUUACAAAAAUUUUCUCAAGUGUAGAUUGUUACUCAAUUCUAAAUACUUCAAAUUCUAAUGGCCUCAACGAUCAAAAAUUUUCUUUUGAUGCUAUUAAAGACCUGCUAAGAUCUAUUCAAAUAGAUUCAAAAAACAGUUGUGAUUCGGAUUUUAAAACCGAAAUUGAUAGCUUUAUUUUUGAAUGCAUUGAGAAAAAUAAAUGCUGCGAUUUGCAUGAUAGAAAAUUCUCUCAACAAUCUAAUUCAAUUGAUUCCAUAUAUACUUUUGUUUCCAGAAUUCAAUCUCUUUAUAUAUCAUGCGUUGAACUUGAACACGAAAACAUUGAACGUCUUGGAGAAUCUUGCAAAUGCCUAGCAUUUAAUUUUAUGGACUCUAGAGAUUUCUAUAAAAGCUUUAUUCAACUUCAGAAAAAUGAAUUAUUACUACCCAAAAAUUCUUUAAGCGCAUCGAUCAGAACAAAUAUUUGCUCCACCGGUUGCAAUCUAUCUACUAUUUCGAAAAUUGAAAAUGCAUCAAAUCACUCAUUGCUAAACACUAGCACACCAUCAUUUAAUGGAAGAUCAAUAAACACUAAUUUAGGUAAUAAUGAUGCGGCAAUUAAUUCCUCUUGCUGUAAUAUGACUAUUUGUGGGAAUAUACUAAGACUAGGUAGAAUCGUUGCAUAUAUUUCUUAUUGUAUUGGUAACUACAAAGAGCUAUACGUUUAUUUUAUUAAUACGUUAAGACAGCUUUAUAUUGAUUCUCUUUCUCAUCACUUUGGUUUUCAAGUUACACAAAUUGAACCAAUUACAAAUAUUAAUCAAACUCCUGUUACCUCUAACAAUAUUAAUCAUUCGGAUGGCAAAACAUUCUCUUUAAAUUCUAAUAUUGGUAUUCCACUACAACCUAAUGUGAUUUUUCAAAAUAAUAAAAUUAGCAAAAACUCAGAAAAUUUAUUUUCAAAUAUUUGUGUAUCAGAAAAAGAUUCUAGCAAUAUAGACGAAGAGUUCUAUCAAAAAAAUACUCAUUUAAACUUUGAAUCUAAACAUGAAAAUCAUAUUUUCACAUCUGGCGAUAAAAAACAAAAAAAUUGUAAUCUAAGUGAACAAAAGUUAAACCACUUUUCGGGAGAAUCUUACUUAUCAUCAUUAAGAAUUUUUGUUGCAUUGAGAAUAUUUCACUUCAAUAGCAAGAAUAACAGGAGUGAAGAAGAAGAAAAAAAAUCAAUAGAGAAUGAAAAAUCUGGUGUUGAAUUGAAUUUAGAAAAAUUUAAUCAAGCUGAACUAUCAAACUUUGAGGUAUUAAACCCACUGGCAAUAUCUGAAUGCGACGCAGUUGCUUGGCCCUGUAUACACAUAGUUGGAAAUAUAUUGAGGGAUGGGUUUUCUUCAAAUAAAAGCCAAGAGUCGUUGGUAAAUAUUUCUUCAACAUUGAUAAUUAAGUCAAAAAAUGACCUAUCUGACAUAUCUUUUAUAUUCUCAGAACCUCACUUUCUAUUUAUUUGUUCAGAAUUUAUUCUUGAAACAUCAAUUUUAACUAUGUUUCAUUCCUCAAUGGAUGCAAUGUUAGUUCUAAACCCUCAAAGAAGGAAAAUCCCGAUUGCUCUUAUAUCACUAGGGUUAAAUUCUCCUUAUUUAUCAUUUAAGAACAAAGAUUCACUUCUUAGAAAUUCUGGAUUCCUGACAAAUUCCAUAAAUACGGGAUAUAUUACAGGCCCAACCUCUAUGAGUAAUAUCAAUAACCAAUUAACCGGGAGUUCUGUAUCACAAACAGUUUCUCCAUUUAAAAAGGCAACUUCGAAUGAAUUAGGUUCUCAAAAUAACAGUUUAUCCACUAUUUCAAGAAAAAGAUUUAGAAAAAAUAAUGAUUUGGUUUCUUCACAGAACAACAUCAAUAAUAAUCACAUUAACUUUGCGAUUAGGUUCGAUACUUUACUCAAUUUAUUAAUAACAUUCAAUUUUAAUAAUGCUCAGAAUAAGAAAGGCUCUAAAACAAUCGAUUCAAACGAUGAUUCAUAUUCUUCAAAUUAUACAAAAACAAUGGGUUUGAAAAAUAAAACAAAAAUGGAUACACCUUUCCAUCCAACAACUCAUUGUCAUACAUCAUCAGCAAUCCUUAGUAAUAUACUUAAGCUCCAUAGCACAGUUUUUUCUACGUUCCUCCCUUUAAUUGAUAGAUAUCUAGAGCUUUCAAUUUCAUCUCAAAAAUCUAACUUUACUCUUCAAAAUGGUGAGUGCGAAAAAAAAAAAUCUACAAGAAAUGAAUUGUUGAAAUCAAUAAGAAACGAAUUAAUUGAUUAUAUUAAUUCAAUUUCCGCGUUAAGAUACCAAAGCUAUUCUGAUAUAUUAACCUUAAAAUUUGUUAGAAUUAUUUCAACUUCUUUGUUUUUUACAGGAAUUAAACCAAUCAUUAAACAAGAAGGUUUUCCCCUUAAUCCACUUCUGCAUUAUAGCAUUAAUGGGCUAUCAUAUUACCAUUCGCAUCAUGCACAAGCUAAGAAAGACAUAACUAUCUGCUCACUAAAUAACCAAAUUAUAGCCCCUUCACUUCCUUCAUGUAUUAAUUUAUCGAUAAGAUUAUUAGAGACAUCUUUUUCUUCUGAUUGGAUUAAUCAAAUAUUUCUAAAAUCAAUUUUUGGACUUUUGUACACAUAUCCACGGAUAUAUAAUAGAUUUGACAAUCAAAAUAUAAAAUGUGGAAAUGAACCCACAGAGAUGGUUAGUUAUAUAAACAACAAGAGUUCUUUGUUUGCAUCUAUUCCCAAUGAUAUUAUUCAUGGUUUAUUAUUAAGAGUGGUUUUGCCAAGCAUUAAAGACCCAUCGGUUUCAAGCACAGAAAUAAAUACUAUACAUGAAAUUAUUAAUGAUAUUGAAGUGUGCUCGAUAGUUGAUACAAAAACAAAAAAAAUUUUUAUUGAAAGGUUCUGGUUUUGUAGUCCCUUUCAUUUUAGUUUAAAUAUUUUGCAAGACGGUGAAGAUUAUAACAGGCCAACAAAUACUCAAAAAGUACAAAUUAAAGAUCUAUUUCAACUCAUUCAAAAUAAAAUCAGCACAAAAGAGCAUAAUUUUUAUUUAAAUUUAGAAGUUCCAUACAAAACAAUGUUUUGGGAAUAUCAUUUCAUACACUCUAAUGAUGAUUAUUUAUUAUUCCAAAGGUGGUCCCUAUACUUUAUUAAUAUUUGCAGAAGUCACGAUAGAGAUAAUCAAUAUUACAAUAAAAUGUUAUCAAUAAGUAGAUCAAUUCAAAAAAUAAUGAAAGCAAAAUAA